UGUCGGACACCUCUAGCUUCCGACGCGGGCUAUCUAACGAACCUCAAUCCUGAAUCCUUGCCAGGCUUCAAGCUCCCUACUCUUCUCUGUCCGCCGACAACACAACAGGGGUCAUCUGAAUUGAGCGACCCGAUUCCCUGAAUCUCUUUCAGCGAGACAAUUGACUCCCGGGCGCGUACUCAUUAUUUGCGGCCUUUGGUGUCUGACGAGGCAUCCCUCGGCGUCUGCCUGCGAGCCUGACCAUUUCGACACUAUUCUUGCCCGAGGGAGCACCGUUUUCUUGCGAGCUUGCCAUUCUUCCCUCCUUCAGCAUUCCGACCCGGCCAACUUGAAGGGACUUGGAAUUUCCGAAAGUCCAUCAAAAUGAGGCCGUGGCUCUGCACCCUCCUCAUGGGCCUGUCCAUGUGGACGGCCAACGCCCUUGAAGUCAAAAUCGACCAGACAGAGGACAAUCGUCAGCGCUGCGCCGGCAUGUACAGUCGGAACGCCUGGGGCGGUCCUGUCGAUCCCUACAUCAGCCUUAUGUUCCCCCCUCAGAAGGACGCUGCUGGAAAGAAGCCAAUGGUCAGCGUGGUGAUCUUUGAGUGGAAGGAUGGUGGCCUCAUCGGGUUCAACGAGAAUCCCGAUAGACCCGAGUCUCAGACCAUCGGCAUUUGCGAGGAUAAAUGGGUGAAGAAGGGCUACUGUAACGACACCGAGAUUGGCCAGUUCAUUCUUGCCGAGGGCGCAACCGAAAAGUCGAAGAACCUCAUCGAGACAUACUCGGUUAACCUCAAGGAGCCUGGCCAGCCCAGGAAGUAUAUGAUUUCUCAGACCGGCUACUAUUGCAUCUUGACCCAGCCUUUUACCGCCAAGCAUUACCAAGGCGUCGCUGAGUUCCGCAACGCCUACGGCGAGCUACCUGCCACCCAGAUUCCCAAGCUACCCUUCUAUGGAGGCAUAACUAUCCUCUACGCUCUGGUUGCGGUGUUCUGGGGCUUCUUAUACUAUCAACACAGGCAGGAUAUCUUGCCUGUGCAGAACUACAUUACAGCUAUUCUGGUCUUCCUUGUUGUCGAGAUGCUCAUGACGUGGGGGUUCUAUGACUACCUCAAUAGAAAUGGCGCCAAUGUCGGGUCUAAGGUCCUGCUAGUCAUUGUCGCGAUUCUGAACGCUUUCCGCAACUCGUUCUCCUUCUUCUUGCUUCUCAUUGUCUGCAUGGGUUAUGGCGUUGUCAAGCCCACCCUCGGUCGGACCAUGAUUUGGGUCCGCUGGCUAGCCAUUGCCCACUUCGCUUUUGGCCUGGUAUACGCCGUCACGAGUUUGCUGAUUACACCUGAACAAGCUGGCCCUUUCGUUCUCCUCAUCGUACUCCCUCUGGCCAGCACCCUCACCGCAUUCUACGUCUGGACUCUCAACUCCCUCAACUUCACUCUGAAAGAUCUGCGUGAGCGGAAGCAGCACGCGAAGGAAGCCAUGUACAAGAAGCUGUGGUGGUGCAUCCUCGUCAGCAUCUUUGUCAUCUUCGGCUUCUUCUUUUUCAACAGCUUCUCCUUCGCCUCUAUCAACGACCCGGACUACGUCCCCUUCCACUGGAAGACGCGCUGGUUUGUUCUCGACGGCUGGCUCAACCUCGUUUACUUCGCCGACGUUGCUUUCAUUGCUUAUGUCUGGCGUCCUACCGCCAACAACCGUCGCUUCGCCAUGAGUGACGAAAUCGCCCAGGACGACGAUGGCACCUUCACUAUGGCCGACAUUGGCGCCCCCGACGACUCGGACGACGAGGAGGCCAAUGUGGGCAAGAGCACCACCAACCGAGCGCAGCAGCCCCUCCCCGCCGGCGCCCACCUCGCAACUGCUCCUGGCCAGGGAGCUAAUGGAAGUGGCGGCUCUUCCAGCGCGCCCAGGGGCAACCCGCGAGACUCGCUGGACGGCGAGACCAUCUUCGCCGUCGGUGAGGACGGAGACAGAUUCUCUGACGACGAUGAAGAGGAUGCGAAGCUUGUUCGGUCCGGGAAAUAACUGAUGUGGGAAUGAUUUGAUAGUGGGGGGGCCGAUUAAAGGAGAAAAGCAAGAUGCAUAUUCGACACGCAUUCCUCAUUUUUGUGUAAUGAUCAGUAUACAGGUUUUGUUAUUAGUGGUUAUUUUAAGCGACAUGGUCAUACAGGGUUCUAUGUCAGGCUACGCCGAAGUAGAAGCGUCCUCCACUGCGGGUGGCUUGAUCCGCCGUCCCCCCCCUAAACUCGUACAUAUACAGCCUCUCGGUAGGAC